CAGAGAUUGCAUUAGAUCGUGAGGUUGAAGAAGAUGGUAAACCAAAAAUGCCAAAGGCUUUGGGAGAAGAUGGAGAGGAUGAACCAAAUGUUGUAGCUUAUUCGAGUCAGAGAACUCAAGAGCGUCAAAAAACGAAAGGGAAACAACGCAAAUCGAUUAAAGAAAAGGAUUGGGUUUUGCAUAAAAAAGAAAUUGCGCGUAUGAGAGGAAAAAAAAAUAUACCGUUGGAUUCAAAAUACACAGCACGAAAAAGGAAACCAAAAUUUUAG